AUGAUCUACGUGAGGUCUGUCCUCUAUGCUGCCUUACGCUGUUGUAUCGCGAAGUUUCAAUCAAUGCCCAGACAGUGUACAAAACCAAAUUGCCCACGUCCCAAGUAUCAAGCUGGGGACAAAGACAAGACCCAUAACAACAAGUACCACAGCGCUUUCAUUAAUGUUUCAUGGCAAGGGCAGACAGUGAAGGUGUCAAGACAUUCGGAUGGGCGAUUUCAUUGCCCAUGCGGACGUUACGAUCACGGUCGAUACGACUACCACCGAUUCAUGAAACUCUUAUCAAAAUCCCCCCACCCUGAUGAUGCAGCAUCUGACUGUAUGGACCCCGACGAAGAUCCAUCCGGUGAACAAGAGUCUCCUCAAGUCGCUAACGUCGGCACAGAGCUAGUUCAAAAUCACCACGACAAUUCCCCCGACACGGCCCACUACGCUGAAGACUCCCUUUGUCCACACCCCGACAUGGAUGUAGAUCCGUCGCCCGCUCCGGAACCCCCUGUCAAUUCGAUACGCGCAGCUGUCGAAGCCCGCUCUCACACACUCCAUCAAACCGCAUCAUCCUCUCUAACUCGUUUCUUCAAAGGCAACGCCUUAACGUCCGUUGCCCACGAUGUAGUAACAGUCGGUGCAGACCUUCGCCUUGCUGAAGCCCAUGAUGAAGACGUCGACUCUGGCAGUGAGGAUGAUAUUGCACCUGAUGAUUCCGGAGACGAUGACGACGGCCUUCCAGCGAUGGAUGUUGACACUGAGUCAGAUCCAGCGGAGCUCAGAGCUCACGCCCACGCAUGGGGCAUCCACGUUGACCCGACGUUCAACCUCACUGUAUGCCUCGACUGCGCCGUUGCGAUCCCAUGGGAGCAAGCCUACGGCCACCGCCGUAGGCAGCAUAAUCCCACUGGAACCUCCAGUAAAUCACUGCCAUCCAAGGCAAGCGUCUCCAAUACCCUGCGCGGGUUGAAUGCCCAUCUGCCCAAGCCUCUGCCGACCGGUCCAGUUCCUCCUAUAGACGGCAUGCGCAUCAUACCCAACUUACUCAAGUGUACCAUAGAGGGAUGCACAUUCAAAACGCUGUUCACAUCUAUGACACCCUUUCAUAAACAUUGUGUCCUAGCCCACGGAACACCUCCGCUGGCGCUUCGCUCGCACGCCAUAACUAACGGACACCAGAUUGGUGUUAUUAAAAACUCAAUGUCCUACAUCGAGGUAGCGAGCUCCCCCACAAUCACAGACUCGAACGCCCUCGGGGCCAUUCUUGCCCAUAUCGACGAAUGUGGAUUAUACUCUAGGGAUACUAAGUACCAGCCUGCAGCCAACAAGCGACCCAGGGGGCCGCUUUUAGCUCAGACCAACUGGGAGCAGUGCAUUGAGAACGUCGACCUCAAGUCCCUCCGCCUAACUGCUUCGAAACCCGACGGCGAACCUGCAUUCCAGUACCUCAUCCAACAAACUCAAACCUACUACAAGUUCAUUGCGGCCAAUCUUGGUCGAUUAUCUACCCUUACCCUUCGGGCUAUUGCGUCCACCAGCCCCUCUGGUAACACGGAGAAGGCACCGUUUCGCCGUCCUCAGGAAGACCCAACGCUGGAACGAUAUGCUAAUUUCAUGUCGAGAUUCAUCAUCUUUCUCAUUCGCCACCUUUGCCAACCCGUCGAUAACUUCGACGUGCCUUUGCACCCCCUUCACAGCCAUUACUUGAAGGAGCUGUAUGCCCAGCUGAAAUCUGCAUUGAACCGCAGCUCUGUCGGUGCUGACCAACACUGCAUAGACCUCAUUCAUCGCACCGUUUUUUCCCUCCUCUCCUGCGUUAGUGACGACUUCUUGAAAAAUGAAAUGAAAGACCUGUUCACCCUAUUUCUCGUCACGUAUCACCUUUCCGAUGAUUAUGGCAACACCAACCGUGCGCCUCAAGUGCCACCCACGAUCAGUCAGGCCCAAUGGUGCUUCAGAGCAACCGCGGCCUAUGAGAUCAUGGAGAAGAUGCCGUACCAUGAGAACAACUCCUUCAAGACGUAUGAGGUUCUCGUCCAACGCUACCUCGUGGACGGCCCUCAAACUCUUUUUACUGGUCUGCGACAGAAGAUGGCGCUUCUGUCUGCUCUGUCGUAUUCGGAACCCGGACUCCCUCGCUUUGGGUGGAACGCUGAGAUGACCGUGGUGUCCAUUGACGGAUUUCCUAUACCAUUGAAAACGUUCAAAAACUCAGUCAAUUCAUCCCUGGACGACUUGAAGGCAAAGAUGGAUGAGCUGUUCCGAGGUUGCCAAUGGGACGACAUCUUACUUCACAUCGACUCCCGCACCGACCCUAACAAUCCCGGCAACUGGUUCACCGACAGACCUCAAUCCGCAGAUCAGAAGACGUCGGUAUUCUCUUUCAAAGAGAACGGUUGGGACAAGUACCAGCGGCGUCUCCUGGAGCACCUUGCCAGGGAUCCCAGAUUGUUUUCCAGGGUCAAGGGAGAAUAUGUCGUCAACGCAGGGAAUGUCUGGGAAUGGCUCGCCGUCUUGAACGAACUGUCGUCCAUCAUGUUUUACUGCGUUGUAUCGACUUGGGGGGGCGGAGCCCGAGGAACAGAAUGCGAUCACUUAAAAUUUCAAGUCGACGGCCAAGGGGACCGACAGAUUUUCAUACUCAACGGCCUCGUCACCAUCUCAACUACCUACGUAAAGACUGCAAGCAUCCAAGGUCACGGCAAACUCAUUGCGCGCUGUCCGUCGCAUUCGGCAUCAAGGCUACUGUUGGUCGUACUAGGGGUCAUAUAUCCUGCAGCUGCGGAGCUCGCGACCUUCGUUAUGUCAGUCGAAAAGGCCAAAGCGUACCUCUCCUAUGUCUUCCUUCACGACGGCACCCCCAUGAACACCCACGAUUUCUCACAAUCCAUAGGCGCCAUAACCCAACGCUAUCUAGGACGCGCCUUAGGCAUGAGAGAUUGGAGACAGUUGAUGAGCACCAUGCUGAUCAACAUAUCAAAGGUAGACUUCGGCAUCGUCGACGAAGAAGAUGCGGGUCUUUUAGCAAUUCACGACGCCUUCGGUCACUCCCAGUCAGUCGCAGAGGCCCACUACGCUCUGCAAUCCACCAAUGCGCUCACCGAGAUCUCCCACACCGCCGUUGCCUCCAUGCAAAGAGUGAGCAAAAGAUGGCACGCUACGAUUGGGCAACUGCAGAACGGCGCCAAGGAAGCAUCGUUUGAUUCGCACUCGGCAGAGCGUGAUCAUGAAGAACAGCUCUUCGAUCGGCUCUUGGGUCCCCUCAAGACGACCAUACACAGCGCAACUCAACAGGCGACCGCAUCGAUGGGCGUUGACAUCGUCGACGAGCUCAGAAACGUUGCAACUGGCAUGGGCCACGGCAUCCUCAAAGAAAUGGAGGCCAUGUUCCAUCAAUACAUUCUUGCGUUAGGAAUAACUCCUAAAGCACCUCUUGGAGUCCCCCCAGCGCCGUCGUUACCACGCAUCUCCGUUCACCCCAACCUCAUAGAACGCUUACGACCGCUCUUCCCUGGACAACCCACCCCUUCCUUCACCUCUCCACAACAAGCGGAAGUCGUCCAGAGCUGUAUGACUAGCGACCACGUCGUUUGCGUUAUGCCUACGGGCAGUGGAAAAAGCUUGGCAUUUUUUGCUGCACCCGUACUAAUCCCCGACAGUUUGUUUAUUGUCAUCACUCCCCUAGUCGCCUUGACCGAAGAUCUUGCUCGACGCCUGUCCAGCACAACCAUCCCCGGCGGACAGUAUCACCAUGUCAAGGACGUUUUGUCAGCCCAAAUAAUCCUUGUAUCAGCGCACCAAGCAGGAACUGACGAGUUUUAUCAAUGGGCCAACUCCAUUGGCUAUAGACUUAAGCGCGUCUUCAUCGACGAAGCGCAUCACAUUUUCACUUCAGACGACUAUCGCCCAUGCUUCAAGUUGUUCCACCUGAUAACCCGCCUGAAGAAACCGAUCACUUUCCUCACAGCGACGAUGUCACCCCAGUCUUUAUCGAGACUGUGCGCUGAGAUGUUAAUACCGCCUUCGAUGGUCCGCGUCAUCCGAGCCCCCUUACAUCGCCCCAACAUUCACUACUCCGUAAUCAAAGCACCUGCCAACGAAGUCAUCAAGAGGUUCACCGACGUUUUCAAAUCAACCAUUCUCAACCCUACCGACAGAGGCAUUAUCUAUUGCACGCGGAUCGACCUCAUCAAGGAUCUUGCCCAAUCUCUGGACAUUCAAUACUACACCAGCAAGGUCGAUGACCAACUGGACGAGCGCGCCAAUGUGCAGGAGAAGAAACGGAGAUUUCAAGCCUGGCGCGACGGCAUCACACCCAAGGACAGAUGGAUGAUCGCAACCCUUUGCUUCGGCGAGGGCAUUGAUUUCCCUGGAGUCCGGGUCGUCAUCCACCUGGAGGUCAACAACAUGCUUCGCUUCCUGCAAGAGACCGGACGGUUAGGAAGAGACGGCCUUCCCUCAUCUUCAGUCUUGAUAUACAGUAAAUUGCCAAUGUACGGGGAGCCGCAGAGAGACGAGCAUCUCGGGGUGCUCCCUAUGAGGGAGUUCAUACAGACCGAUGGUUGUCGCCGUCUUACCUUUCAACAUUUUGACCCUGACGCUCAUUCCUGUUCAUCAAUCACCGGCACUUUACUCUGCGACAACUGUCAACUCAUAAAAAACUCCGCAGACAUCACUGUCAGACAGGCGCUUUGGAUGCCGCGCGACAAACCAACACUCCCUGCGCCUGCCGGUCAUUCUACACCCUCAUCUGCAGGCGUAGCCCGCCCUGCCCAAGGCCUCGUACCUGCUGUUCAGCAUCUGUCUGUCAAAUCAGUAGGCGAAGCCAUUGACGCCCAGUACUCCUCUGGAAUGGAACAGCUGCGCAUACUCAGGCACAUCAUCGACGUUAUAGUUGCUUCCGGUUGCGUCGAAUGCUGGGUUACCAAUCAGCACCGACCGCACCCCCACAAGCAUCCAAAUCUUGCCGGCGUCGGCUCCAAGGCUUCCUCACUGGUCUGCCUCAGGCGCGCAGACACCACUCACUGGCCGUUUUGUUACCUGUGUUGGAUCCCAUUUCGGGAACCAUGCCAACACCCACCCCUCCGAGAAGGUUCCUUGCACGAUCAUGCAUCCUGUCCCCACGGCGCCAAGUUUCCUUCUAUACUUCCCCAUGCGAUCUGCACCAUCUACUCCCAGAAGGUUAUGAUCGGUAACCGACCGAAGAAUCCCUAUAUAGACAAGAUAGCUGAGCGCUUGGGCGCUGAUGUCAAUAACUUCACUAACCUAGGCACUCUGCAAAGGUGGUUGACUCACGACCCUGGCAGUGCAGACGAGAUCCCCCGGUGUCAUGCCUUCAUUAUCGCAUUUUACCAAGAAUUCCGUAUGCUACCUAAACCCUCCGGCGGCGAUUCGGCGAUGACGUAG